CAGACCAUCAAUAACGCCAUUAUAGACAUUGCGACACCACCUACCGCGGGGCUUACUCCAUUCAAUGUCUAUGUCGCACUAUCGCGAGCUCAACAUUUGAGAAUUGAAGAUGAAAGGUUGGCAAUGAUGGAUCGGGAGACGGAGCAAUGGUGG